CACAACGUCUUUUCGUUCAGCUGUUAUUCUGUCGCUUUUCUUUGUGAUGAAUAUCCGGUGAAUGGAGAGAAUAAAACCUUCAGAAAAAGACGAGCCGCAGAGGCUGACACAACCUUUAUACUCGUUCUAAAGGAAGUUAAGACAUAGGGAAGAAAAUGUGGUGUUUUAUUUCGGAGCCAAACGGGAUAAUUCACGAAAUAUUCCUUCCGAAGAAUGCAGUAGGACAAGAUUGUUUAGAGAAGGUGAGGAAUUACAACUCAGCGACUCAAACUCCCAUGAAUAUUCCCAAGACACCUGUACACGCGUUGAAUUUUUCGCUCUCUUUUUAAUCAUUCGCUUUCCUUACACUAGUCUGGUAAUUAUUUUAUUGUUUUCAAUCUUCGCAGGUUUGCGAAAAGCUAAAACUCGUCGAAAGAGACUAUUUUGGUUUGAAAUUCGGUGGCGCGAAAGGAACACAGUUUUGGCUGAAUUUGAGAAAUUCUAUGUCAUCGCAGCUCACUGGGAAACCACCGUAUCGACUGCAUUUCUUGGUAAAAUUUUUCGUCAAACCACAAGAACUUCAGCAAGAAAUUACACGGUAAGCAAACCUGGUGAAAAUUUGAUGCAUAUUUUGCUUUGGGUACCUGUCGAAUAAACCGUGCUGAAAUAAAUACUCUUACCUCGGAUGGUGUUUGUCCUGUAAUUAUUUUAUCGGAAAAAUAUGUAUUCUGUCAUUUUCGUCUGUUUAUCGCUAUAACUGAAAUAUGAUUUUCUUUCACUUUCAGACACCAGUAUUAUCUUACUUUAAAGAACUUUAUAAACGAAGGAAAGUUAGAUUUGUCUUCCGUUCAAACGAAAACUAUUGCCCGAUUAUGCGCUUUGGUUGCUCAUAUAGAGAGCGGAGAUUUCAGCCAGGAGCGGGUGGCAAAAUAUUCAUCGUAUAUUCCCAUUUCUGUUUAUAACGACUACGCCAAAACCUCCAACCUUCAAAAGGAUGCAGCAAUUGAACACAGCAAGUUAGUCGGCGUUCCCGUCAGCGAGUCAAAAAUUGAAUUCUUGCACAUAGCUUGCAGUAUUCACGGCUACGGGAUUGAGUUAUUUCACGGAAGAUUGAGCGACGAUAAAACGCUCAAGAAGGUAGAAAUUCACGUUGGAAACGAUGGUAUACGUGUCUUCAGCAUUAACCAUGAAUUCGAUCUGAAACAAGGAAAAGACGUUACGAGAAGAAUUCUCGAAAAAAGGUAAGCUUUUCUCUUUGUUGUGUAGAAUUCGUUUGAUAUAGAAACAAAGAUUUAGAUGUGUGCGAAACUGGUUUCGAUAUAACUUGCCUUUUUUUAGUUAAUUCUAACCUCUAACAAAAGCGUCAUAAGUUUCAAGUCGGAGCAGAAGUAUUGUUAACAACAGCUUUAAUGUUGCCCUUAACUGCCUAUCACGUAUUAUUUUUCUGGGGAUUGCGGAUAAUUAUCACAGGAAAAUUUUAAUGUCUUCAAGUUGAAGAAAUUAACCUUUCGGUUGAAAUUAUUACUUGCUUUAUUGUUAUUUUUUUUAUCUUUGCUUAAAGUAAAUGUAAAAUCUCCCCCAUUUUAACAGGGAGAUAUCCUCUAGACCAAAACUUCUCCCUAAACAGAAUUUUUAUCGUAACAAGUGAGGAUUUACUUCCAUAUUCGUCGAAAGUAAUCGAGACAUGAAUAUAUUUCGGAAUUUUUUCUGGCUGUUUCUCGACAUGAUUUACUUUUCGAAAUCUCGCGGCUGUAAUGAUUGAGUCCAAUUUCGAUUUCCUACCAGAGUAGAGAUUCAAAGUCAUGUUGUGAAAUAUAAGUGAAAUGUUCAAGUGUUUAUUUCGCGCUUGCCGACUGGCGGUGCAGGGAAGGGAUAUUACUUUUCUUGCAUAAUUUAUUCCACAAGUCAAAACCGCAAACAGGACUUUUUCAGUAAUGGGGAUAUUCUACCCUUUUUCCUCUUUUGUAUUGAGGCUUUCUGAAUAAAGAAACUUUUACAUAGCUUUGUGGAAUUUAGAACACAAGAUUGUCCGCUAAAAAUUUGUUCCUCUUUCAAUAUAUUUAAUUUAAAUGCGUUUCUGUCUUCUCUGCGGCAGCUCAUUCAGUAAAAUACACAAUUUCAACGACGACACAACAAGGAAAGAGUUCUCAACAGAACAGAAUAGCAGGAUGUCAGAUAUUCGAUAGCACAGUUCGACUUCAGAAAAAACAACUGCGACAAGAUGUUGACAUACAGUAGUAACUGUGUCGCUAUACAAGCAGAUGCAAUUUCUGCAAAUAAAUAUGAGUGAAGCGGACUCAGAUUACAUCUCUGAUAUUAAAAUUUCUCCUUCGAACUACUAGUCAAAUCAACUGCAAGUAAAUAAUAACGUUGAGAGUUUUAUUAAUCACAGCUUUUUUUAAAAAUUUUACUUACAUAAAUUUUUGUUCUAUUUUCGCAAGCGAUUGUUUUGACACACUCUAACGUUGUUUGCCUUCAUAAUAAUAAUAUUUCAACACAGCUGCUUGAUGUAGCAUGGCUGUCAUUGCGCGCACUCGCGGUAUUUUGUUAUAACUCUCCCUUCGCUGCUCAAUAUCCGUUCAUUUGUAAACUGUGGUGUGCGGCUGGCACGCCUCGCGAUCACUGAUUGCAAAUGUCUUCCAAGAGUGAUCUUGUCUCUGUUGUUAGUCAUCUGUCGUUUUUAGCAAGGCCCGGUGCACCCCUUAGUGAAAAGACCCGUUUUGAAGUGCGAAUGCCCAGUUAAAACGUUCAGUCUUAAUCCCCUCACCUUCAUUUUUGCUGACCAUAGUUCUCCGAUUAGAUUCGGAAACGCCAUCAGAGUAACUUCUUGUGACCCAAAACGAAUAAAUUAGAAAACGCUAUUUUCCGUUUUUACUCUUUUGACGGAUGUGAUGUCAUCGUUUCCUAAAAGCUCCCUCCGUCGUUUACACCAAAAUGACAAGCCUGUGUUGAACUUUUUAGCCCGUUUCAGAAAAGUUUGGUACAUACCGAGUUGGUCCAUAUUUUAAAAACUUUUAAGCCGUUUUGGUUCGUUUAAAGUUUACCAGACUUACAUUAGACAUAUUAAAUACAACAGGAAAGAGAGGAGACCCGAGUCCACCAAUCCAGAAGAUUUAAGUGGAUUAGUGUAGACGAGAUAUAACAGUUCAUGUUGCACUCGCUUUAUUUCGUGUCCUAUGGCCAAGAAGGUUUUAACUUUUUUGCACUUGUAGAAAUGGGCCUCGCGGUUACUUGGGGGAAUGUAAUUUUGGAUAUUGGCAGGAAGAGGAAAGAUUGGUGACUCCCGUUUGAUUCGUUGCAUUUGUGCUGCGAAAUGAAUGUAGUUCUGCAGAAAUUAUAAAUUUAAGACGACAGGUGCAAUGGUUAUAGACCAUGGCUUUACAGAUUUACCAUCAAAUGUCCGUGAUUAGGGAAAUAAAAAAGAAAAAGUGUUCCAUAUUGUGUUCUAGUUUCUUAUUUUCAUCGUCUCAAUCUUCUACUUCGUUCAUUAUCUUUGUUUACCGUUUUUUCUUUUAUUUUGUUGUUUAAGAUUUUCCAAAGCAAUAUUAUGUGGUUUUUCUCACGUUAAAAUAUUAAAUUCUGAUGUCGCAAUCGAAGACUCGAAAUAUCAUGUCUUUUGCCUCUAAGAACCUCCUCUUGAAAUAAAAAAACAGAUGGGAAUUUAUUGUUUUUCCUUAUUUGUUGUUCUUAGAAUAUUUUUCUACUAGAAAAGGUUCAUCUUCCUGUGUGGGUUGAAGGCAUUUUAGAACCCUUCUAACAGGUGUUAUCCGUUAGCGUUUUGUGACGUUUAGGAAAACUGUUCCCGAGUUUUCCUUGAUAUAUGAAUAUUUAUACUAUUCAUUUUCACAUCCUAUGUUGUCUGUGCAAUUGUUAAACUGUAAACUCGUGGGAUUCUUCACCGUUUUAACGAAAAAGGGAACAAACGGAACAAUGGAAAAUGUUGAACAAUAUACACAAUUAGCGUAGUAAAGUGAGUAAGGUUUGGCCUAAGGGCGAAGUCUCUCGGGGCACAAAGAAGAUAUGAGAAAUUGGUAAAGCGGAAGAAUGAUACAGAUGUUUAAUAAAAUUGUGCGUGUCGUUUGACAUGUGUUGCAGGGUUUCGUUUGAAGAUGUCUCCACUGUAUCCUACAACAAUCGCUCAUUUACUGUUGUCCACGGGGGAACUGGACCUCAGGCGCAGCGAGACACUUACAAGAUGAAGUGCGAAAGCGAUGCCGUAGCUUUGUUCCGGACUUUUACGGAGUUCCAUACGUUUUACCAGUGCAACACUGUCAAACGAUCCGUUAUUGAUCAGUGUACAAGGACUCUAGCUGGUCGGCUGUUUUCCAUGUUUGUACCGCGUAAUGAGUUUGGUAGGAUUUUCCUGUUCGACGUGCAGCGCACGCGUCGCCAAGCCUACAGUCACGCGUGGGGUGAACUCAAUUCGUGCCGCAUGAUUGACAUGGCAAGUUCCACCUCUGGAAGUUUGCGUUCAUCUCCUGGGUCAGCGGAGUACCGCCCAGUCCAGUCCCCUCUCUCUCAACGGAGAUUUUACAGCACCAAGAGAUAUGAUGAAGCAGGACCAUCAAGGGGUGAAUGCCGGAGAGCCUUUGUUGAGAGAGAGUCCAUGGAGAACAUGACUCCAGAUCAACUCAAGGUUAUGGUGCGACACCUACAGGAUGCCAGAAUCUGUCAGAUCUGCAUGGAUAGUGAGGUUGCGACUGCCUUCUGCCCCUGCGGCCAUGUGGUUUGUUGUGUGGAGUGUUCAUCCAUGUGUAAAGAGUGCCCAUUAUGUCGAAGUCAGAUUACUUAUGCUCAACGAGUCUUCUUUCCUUGUGAGUAAAAAUGGUACAAUGUAUUGGUCCGGCGGCAAAUGAAGUUCGUGACACUUACAUGAUCAUGCGGUCGAUGAUUUAAUUCAAUGGCCACAAUGGGGCUGACAUCAUCAACUACACUACAGUAGUCUAGUAUUAUGUACGAAGUUUAAGUCUACCACGGAGUGUCAGUAAAAAGCCCAAACUAAUUUUAAAGUUCAACUUUUUAACAUUGCCGUGCCAUUGCAAAGAACGUGGAUUUUGCACUUAAUUUUUGAGAAAAUCGUUGUUUAUUUCGGUUCAAGUAACGUCAAUGAUAGGUGAAAAGAUCAUGUUUAAUACAACAAGAAUUUCAAAAUGUCCAAAGGACUUUGACGAUUUCAUUAGCCUUUUGAAAGAAUUUCAGAAAAACGAGUUUAAGUUAAAUGCAUGCUGGCCGGACUUUAAGAUCCUCGAGGAGAUAAAAAUUUAAGUUGUAUAUUAAAUCACUUUUCGUAGUCAGAUGAUAUAAUGUAGUAAGAUAACGUCAGUUGAUUAGGAAUUGGCUCUCGAUCAACAUUUAUUAAGGUUUUGUACGAGCCAAGUGGCGUAAUUUCAUAAUUAAUGUAGAUGUCAAUAUAAAGAAUAGAUAGAUAUUUCUUAAUGUAAUUAAAAAAAUAAUCUCAGUAGUUAAAGAUGUAGCCAGUUAGCGAACUCUCACGUGGAUGGUGGGGGCGUGAAAGAGGAAAGCGUAAAAGUUACUUAGAGGCUGCUAAAAACAUGACUUUUUCAACUAUUUUGGAACGAUAUUUAUUGAGAGAGGUGAACAUCAUGCCUUAUUUGGAGGACUUAGAAUAGAAUUUAGUGAAUUGGUAGCUGAGCUGUUGCACGAAUAUUGUGUUGCGAUCUUUUACAAGAUGGAUUUAGGCAUUCAGUUUUCUCAGUUGAAGUGAGUAUGUGGUGGGGCAAUUUAAAACUGCCUUUUUAUGUGGACAGCGUACGAGUGCCUGUCGUUAAAGGAGCUUUAUGAUUUAAGUCGUUUUUGCGACAAAUUAAAAUUGCCUUUGUAGUGGGGUAGAAAAGCAAACGGCAAAAGUAGAAGCGGUGCCUUAGCACCUUUGGAGUUUGUAUGGAACUCUUGCUUUAUUGUUAGCUUCAUUUUUGCUUAGAAAAGAUUCAUCUUUAUAUCAGUAUGGCUAUUUGUUUUGUUUUCUAAAAAAGGGUCAACAUGUGACUCGCUAGUAUGUACUAUCGUUAUAUAUUUUGUGUUAAAGCACUUAAGGUGAUUCCUCAGUAUUGCACUGCGCAUCCUGUACCGCGUUUAAAAAUCACGUAAUCAGACAAUUAAGCGCGCACGCAUUCUGAGAAUACAGUAUUGUUUUUCAAUCGAUAGACCAAGUAAAGAGGUACGCUGGUCUUUAGCUCUUGAACAAGAACGGUGACCUAUAUUUUUUCUAUUGCAUAAUUUUGUGUACAAAAUUAUCUCCUUUAAAUUGGGGAAAUAAAAAUUAAAAUCAUCAGGGGAAAUAAGACAGAGCUAAAAGCGUUCAAGAAGCCCGUCACGUGAUGAUACAAACUAUAACCUUACACAAACGACUUCAGGAGCGCUUUGAGUCGAUGUCGUCUAAAAUCCGUGAUUUUUCCACAAGUUUUCCACUUGAAUAAGCCAGGGGACACUAUGUUUUUAAUUGUAUAAUUUCGAAACAGACAUUGGUAGGGAAUAUUUAAGGAAAGUCUAAACAAAAUUGUUCGAUAACUUUUUUCCUGAGGAAUCACCUUAAGUUUAUUUAACAGUUUAUAUUGCUAGUAAUUUAACAGACACUUGAUAUUGAAAUACUUGUUGAGAGAGUUGCACUUUGAAGGUCAAGUACAGAGUAGGAAACUCUCCAAUUUCUCACUUACUUUUUGAGUUUUCUAGUCCAAUGAAAUUUUUGAGUCUCUCAGUCCAGUUACAAUAUGUAGAUUUUUAAGAGAAAUAAUUCUAAUUCCAUAAUAAAAGUGACGAUG